AGCACAAAUCCUUUCAUUACUUCCUCCUCAGCUUCCUGUCUAGAGAGUCAAAGUGGAAAAGUGCACACACACACACACAGUGCCCAAACUGAAGAUUUUAGUGUAUUAGAGCUGGGACAUCUGACAGAGCUGAUCUGCACACCAAGAGCAGGAUAACUGAAAACUUCAAAGGAGAUCAAAUAGGGUCUCAAAUGGCAAAAACGAACCAGGAACGGCAGGGCUCAGGGUUUGUGAAAACGGGGAGCAGACUGGCUGCAGUGUGUCUAGAGCUGCCGUGUGUUCUCCUGAUGACUGCCAUCACAGUGCUGUGGGUCAUGUUCAGUAAUGUGACUAUAGAGAGAGACCAGUUACAAGCCAGUUACACCAAGCUGAGUACAGAGAGAGACCAGUUACAAAAGGAAAGAGAUGGAAUCCAGGAACUGCUUCUGAAACUAGGCUGGAUCUACUUCAGCUCCAGUCUUUACUACAUCUCUACUGAGAAGAAGAGCUGGACUGAGAGCAGACAGUUCUGCACAGAGAGAGGAGCAGACCUGCUGAUCAUAAACAGCAGAGAAGAACAGGAGUUCAUCAGUAAAGAAUUUGGCAGCACUGAAGCUUGGAUUGGUCUGACAGACAGUGACACAGAGGGGGUCUGGAAAUGGGUUCUGGUUUGA